GGAAGUGUUGCCAGUUUCUACUCAGACUUCAGAGAAUAAGGCUUCGCCAAGCACACGGGCUGUGAACACACCGUCCUGAAAGCAAAGGGAUGUCGUUUUGUAGUUUCUUCGGUGGGGAGGUCUUCAAAGACCACUUCAUAUCAGGGAUUUAUGUGUGCUCCAAGUGUGAUCACAAGCUGUUCUCCAGCCGCUCCAAGUACGAACACUCCUCUCCAUGGCCAGCCUUCACAGAGACCGUCAGUGAGGACAGUGUGGUCAAACAUGAAGAGAGACCUGGGGCAUUUAAGGUGCGGUGUGGGAAAUGUGGAAAUGGACUCGGCCAUGAGUUUGUGAAUGAUGGGCCAGCCAAAGGGCUGUCCCGCUUCUGAAUAUUCAGCAGCUCACUGAAGUUCAUCCCAAAAGAUAAGGUUGAUGGACAGUAAGAUGAGCUGCUAAAGGCCAGUGCUGCUGUAUGUACAGAUGUUUCUCUGUACUGCUGAAGGUGUGGACAGUGGAUGAAGAGUUCAGGGAAAAAGCCCAAACUGGGAGCACCAGGGCUCUGAUGAAUGAUGGCCUCACUGUACAGCAGGAACAGAGGACUGUUCUCAACACCUUUUAUUUUACACUCAUCACCAUCUGCAGGAUAACACAAUCACCAUCUCAUCAGUUUGAUUUGUGGAGAUUUAUUUAUAAAUUGCCUAAUGGGGAGAAUAGGCUUCUGAUCAUUCUCUACACUGUUUAUUUUUAACUGUUCAUAGGCAGUGGCCCUGAUCUGCAGUGUUUGCUGUGCCUGAUGCAGACAAUGAGUAGCAAUGCAUUCUAUUUUCACACUCUCGAGAGGUUUUAUGUAAAUGGAUCAAAGUGAGGGAUAUGCAAAAAGCUGAAUUAAAUCUAUUUUAAAUUAAAAUGCUUUGAUUAAACAGUU